AACCUCUGAAGGCAGAAGAAAAAAAUCACAGUCUGCUUACUCAGAGGAGCAACAAGCAAUGGAUCCCAAAAGCCAGAAGGUGAAGCUUAAUGAUGGCCAUUUCAUUCCUGUCCUGGGAUUUGGAACCUAUGCACCUGAGGAGGUUCCUAAGAGUGAAGCUCUGGAGGCCACGAAAUUUGCUAUAGAGAUUGGGUUCCGCCAUGUAGACAGUGCUCAUUUGUAUCAAAAUGAGGAGCAGGUUGGCCAGGCCAUUCGAAGCAAGAUUGCAGAUGGCACUGUGAAGAGAGAAGACAUAUUCUACACUUCAAAGCUUUGGUGCACUUACCUUCGACCAGAAUUGGUCCGACCAGCCUUAGAAAAGUCACUGAAAAAUCUUCAACUGGACUAUGUUGAUCUCUAUAUUAUUCAUUCUCCAGUGUCCCUGAAGCCAGGGAAUGAAUUUGUUCCAAAAGAUGAAAGUGGAAAACUGAUAUUUGACUCGGUGGAUCUCUGUCACACGUGGGAGGCCCUGGAGAAGUGUAAGGAUGCAGGGCUGGCUAAGUCCAUCGGGGUGUCCAACUUCAACCACAAGCAGCUGGAGAAGAUCCUGAACAAGCCGGGGCUCAAGUACAAGCCUGUCUGCAACCAGGUGGAAUGUCACCCUUACCUCAACCAGAGCAAACUGUUAGAGUUCUGCAAGUCCCAUGAUAUUGUCCUAGUUGCUUAUGCUGCUCUGGGAUCCCAACUAUUAUCAGAAUGGGUGAACUCAAACAAUCCUGUUCUCUUGGAGGACCCGGUUCUUUGUGCCAUUGCCAAAAAGCACAAGCAAACGCCAGCUCUGGUUGCCCUUCGCUACCAGAUACAACGUGGGGUUGUGGUUCUGGCCAAGAGUUUCAACAAGAAGCGUAUCAAGGAGAACAUGCAGGUGUUUGACUUUGAACUGACUCCAGAGGAUAUCAAAGCAAUCGACGGCCUCAAUCAUAAUAUAAGAUACUAUGAUUUUCAACAGGGUAUUGGUCACCCUGAGUAUCCAUUUUCUGAAGAAUAUUGACUGUGUGAGGUGUCCACCAUGCCUUCUACCUGAACGUCUUGCUUCUAGGGCUGUGAAGAGCAUUUCUAUACUUGGUGGAGAUGUUUAAGUGUCUGAACUUUUGAAAGCUUGUUUUUCUUUAAAAAUCUUUUAUGAACUAAUCAAGAUUUCAAAUAUGGGUACUAGUUUUUCCCGAUAACAAAAUAAUUUGAAAAGUAAAGGGGAAAAGAUAGAAAAUAAAGAUAACCCGAUUAACCCAUUUAAUAAAUUUGGUGCAUCUUACUUUGUUGAAAAUGAAUCAAUCUAAGAAAGAAAUAGAACACUGUAUUUGAGCCAAAUUUGAGAACUAUAACCCAGAAAACUCUGAUAGCUGUUCUGUCUUCUAAAAGUCAAGGCACAGGGAUGAAAGUUUUGGAGACAGAGGGCUCUACAUGAAAAGACAUAUUAUUGACAGUGUACAUAAUACACAUCUAAGUGUCAUCAUGUUGAGUCAUGUGACCCCUUAUAAGAUCAAGAAGAAAUUUAUCUUUUAAGGAGCUAUCUUAUUGAUGCUGGGAGAAAUAUGACUCUUUAUGGUUGAGCAGGUCCUCACAUUGAUGGAAGAGUUCCGGUAUAUGUAUAAAGCAAACCCACAACCCACAAUGAGGACAGAGGGGUGCAAAGGGCACAGAAGAAUUUUUCAUAUUUAAAUUUCUGUCAUAAAAUAUAAAUUUUAUUUCAUACCUUCA